GCGCUUCGCUUCCUCGGUGGUGCCGGAGGAGCCAUGGCGGCUGCUGCCUUCGGACUGCACGGCGCCGUGACGGUGGCCGCGGUCGGCGGCAAGAAGACGCUCACCUACCGGGAGUACAACAAGAGGAACCGGGAGAACUCCCGCCGGAGACAAGCCGCUCUUUUGUUCCUGACCAACAUCUCCCUCGACGGUCGGCCGGUCCGGAGCAUCUCGGCGGAGGAUGGAAGGAGCCACGACAAAGACGCCGAGUUUGAUGGAGCAAGCUCCGGCUCCGCAGCAGCGGCGGCGGCGGACCUCGGUGCGGACGCCGCUCACACAAACAGCCGCGGGACGUUUCCCAGCCUGUCGGCGAGCUGCGGGGUCGUUGGUCCCGGUGCGAAGGCGGGGUUCCCCGUGCCCCCGAUCCUGGUCCUUCCGUCCGACACCGGGUUCAACGACGUGGGGAGCGCCGAGGUGCUGCUGGGAUGCCGCCGGGGCUCGUCUCCGGUUUCAACGGGGGACGGCAACCUGCUCUCCCCGUCCCUCUCCAACGCCAGCCUGCUGCCGUCUCCGCUGGGACCGCGGAAGUCCUCCACGCUGCUGUCCGUGCAGAGCUGCAACUCGGUGUCUUCCGAGCCUCGGCACAGAACUCGCAACCUCUCUGGUGGUUCUCCCAGACCUCGACAAACCAAGAAGAUCCACUUCAUUAAAAACAUGAAACAGUACGACACCAGAGGCAGCAGGAUCGUGCUCAUCUGUGCGAAGAGGUCCCUGUGUGCUGCCUUCUCUGUCCUGCCGUACGGCGAGAGCUUCUACCUCAGUGACCCCACGUUAAACCACCCCAGUCGGAGGCACUCCUCUGGGAACAUUUCCACCACCCUGGAGAUGCUGCCGGGCCUUGAGGGCUUCCAGCUGGACUCGUAUGGGAGGUCGGUGUCGUACGCCCAGUUCCUGUAUCCCACCAACGCUCUCGUGAGGCACAAACCAUCAUCAGCCAGCAAUCUGACACUGCAGAUCCCCAUGUCCAGGAGCACGCACAGCAUCCCUGGCAGGAGUUACCCCCCCAGCCGUCUGAGCAGCACCUUGGGACUGGACCUGGGUGUGGAAGAUGUGACGGAAUACGACCCCAACCUCCUCAGUGACCCCCAGUGGCCUUGUGGGAAACAUAAACGGGUGCUGAUCUUCGCCUCCUACAUGACAACGGUCAUCGAGUACGUGAAACCGUCUGAUCUGAAGAAAGACAUGAACGAGACUUUUAAGGAGAAGUUUCCCCACAUCAAGCUCACCCUCAGUAAAAUCCGCAGCCUGAAGCGAGAGAUGAGGAUAGUCGGGGAGGACUGUGGCCUGCAGCCCGUCACCAUUGCCAUGGCGUUCGUCUACUUUGAGAAGCUGGUGCUGCAGGGACGCCUCAACAAACAGAACAGGAAGUUGGUGUCAGCUGCCUGCAUCCUCUUAGCUGCUAAGAUCAGCAGCGACCUGAAGAAACAGGAGGUCAAACACCUCAUAGAUAAGCUGGAGGAGCGCUUCAGGAUCAGCAGGCGGGAGCUGAUAUCCUUUGAGUUCAUCAUCCUGGUUGCCCUGGAGAUGGCGCUCUACCUCCCCGAGAGCAAAGUGUUGCCUCAUUACAGGCGGCUGAUGCAGCAGCAGCAGGUAUAGCGGCGCCUGGCUCAGCGGCACAGCGGCAGCCGCUGCUCCUUCUUCCACCCAGGCACUCUCGGCACCUUCCACCAGCAACACUGUGAUCCUCAUGAUGCCUUGCUCAAAGGCUGCUGGGAGACCGCCCCCUUCGGUUCAGCCUCGCUGUGGCGGCAAGGCAUCGCUGCCUGGCUCAAAGGUAGAGCGGGACCACCAGGGUGAUGACGCAUGGUGACCAUCAGCGUAGGAAUCAGCGGGAGUCCUGCUUUCCCAGAGUGGGCUUUUCUAUCCCGCUGUCUGAGUUAGAAAAAGAAAGUUCACAUUACGAUGGUGAAAUCCCCGUGGAGACGAUGCAGGAAAUGAAAACGCGUUCCCAAGAAACAACAUGACAUCCUGAUCCAAUAUUAGCAUCGCCGGUACAGAGCCGUCAUUUAAGAUCCAGGUCCUGGCAGUACAGAGUCCCAAUUUGAUCCUUGUACUUUUAUUAAGCAAGACGAUUUAAAAUAAUAAUAAAAACCCUGACUAGUGUCUCCUUCAAGCGUUAGCAGCGCUUCAAUGGGGAGAAUUAUCUUUAGUAACUUUAAAUAAGCUCACAUUUGUUCUAUUUUUCAAAUACCAGCACAACAAAAAACACAUUAAGAGUAUAAAAAAACGCUACAUUGUAAAAAAUCAUAAUGUAAGCAUAAUAAAACGCAGAGGGCAGAAAUAAUAAAGAAAUAUUAGUCAAAUAAAACCUCAAAACCAUAUAUAUAUAUAUAUAUAUAUAUAU